AUGAAUAAUACGAAUAGUUUUCCCAAAAUCUAAAAGGCAUAAUCAACAGUACAGUAUUUUUAUAUAAAUAUAGGCAAAACUUUUAAUAAGGACAGAAUGGGAUUAGAGUAUCAAUUCAAGCAUACCUUUAACGAUAAGAGCGGAAAUGUCAUAAAACCGAAUGAAAACUGAUUUUACAAAUAAACACUUUUAAACAAAUUCUGAUGUUUCUUAUCUCAAAAAUAAACAUAAAAAUUUCCAAUCCAUUGAAAGCAGCAUUUACAAAGAUCCAGAACUAUCUUAAACAGUAAAAACAAUAUUUAUUGGUUAUAGAAAUAUGAUAAAUCUUUACAAAGUUUUUAUAGUACAAUGUACAGAAAAUCAUANUAUCUUAAUUUUCUAAUGAAUUUAUGA